CUCAACUCCUAGCUAGCUUGAUUUCUGAGAUAAGGGAAGAGACUACUUUAGCUGAGAGAUAAUGGGGAGGCAACCAUGUUGUGAUAAGGUUGGGUUGAAGAAGGGACCUUGGACAGCUGAAGAGGACAAGAAGCUCAUCAACUUCAUCCUCACCAAUGGCCAAUGCUGCUGGAGAGCUGUGCCUAAGCUUGCAGGAUUGUUGAGGUGUGGAAAAAGCUGCAGGCUGAGAUGGACAAACUAUCUUAGGCCAGACUUGAAGAGAGGUCUUUUAUCUGAACUUGAAGAGAAAAUGGUCAUUGAUCUUCAUGCCCAACUUGGCAACAGAUGGUCUAAGAUUGCUUCUCAUCUCCCUGGAAGAACUGACAAUGAGAUCAAGAAUCACUGGAAUACCCACAUCAAGAAGAAGCUGAAAAAAAUGGGGAUUGAUCCUCUCACUCACAAACCACUUCCCAAUGACAAUGAGACUGAAAACAAAACCCAAACAAAGCAACAUAGAAAAAAUGACCAAGAGCAACAGCUACAGGAAGAACAAUCUUGUACAGCUACUGAUGACAUAUCUGAAAUUGACCAAAUCAAUGAGGAGGCCAAAAGUGAAGACAAAGUUGAAUUUGUGACAAUGGAUCAUGAUGACCUCUUGAAUGGGUUCAGCAUAGAUGAAGUUCCACUAAUUGAGCCUCAUGAGAUUCAUCUAGUUCCUAAUUGUGCUCCUUCUUCAUCAACUUCAUCUUCUUCAUCAUGUUCAAAUUCAUCCUCUAAUUUUCUUGAAGACUUGCAAUAUCUACCAGAUUUUGAGUGGCUAAAUUCUGAUUAUAGCAACAACAUCAACAACAUCAUUAUCGACAAUGACACCAUGAGUUUGUGGGAUGAUGACUUCAGCAGUUGGGGCCAAGAAUCUUGGGCAUUCGGAGUUUUGUAAAAACGGGAAAAAGAAUUCCACUUUGCAUACUUGUAACUUAAUUUUCCUUGUUCAUUGCAAUUGUCAAAGAGUAUGAAUAAAUAAAGGAUGGACAUGAUACCAAAUU